GCAGCAGGCUGGGCUUAGGGAUCUAUUGUUCCCUGUUUUAUUACUGCCAGACCUUGUUGUCUCUCAUUAAGGUUCCAGGAGAGAAAGAGAAACGGAGAGGACGAGGAGAGCAAGCGGACACCUCAGCGCCCGUUCGCCUGGGAUUACUUCUUCUUGGACGCACUGGUGUGGACAAAGCAGAAGCAGAAAACACACACUUUGAGUCCAGCACUCUACCUCGUGGCCAGGCUUGUUUUUUUUUUUCUCCUCUUCACUGCAUUGGGAACUACUGUACUCCCCGUGUGGUGGCCAUGGGGCUGGCCGGCAGAGCCAUGGGGACGGUGGGGGUCUCGAGAGGGGCACCGCUCCUCUCUCUCUGCAGGAUAGUGCUGCUCUUUCUCUCCAUCUGGGAGCUGGAUGCACAAACCGAUGUGGAAACUAAACCUCUGUACAUCUGGCAGACAGGUCCAUGGGGUCGUUGUAUGGGCAGUGAGUGCGGACCAGGCGGCAGUCAGAGCCGGGCGGUGUGGUGCGCUCACUCUGAAGGCUGGACCACCCUGCACACAAACUGCGACCAAACAGAGCGGCCGGACAACCAGCAGAGCUGCUUCAGAGUGUGCGACUGGCACAAAGACCUGUACGACUGGCAGCUGGGUGCCUGGAACCAGUGUGUCCCUGUAUCGAUGCGCAGUGGGGGGGUGCAGCGCCCGGCUGUGUGCACCCGGGGAGAGGAGGGCAUCCAGACCCGGGAGGUGGGCUGCGUUCAGAAAGUGAACGCAGAGCCAGCAGAGGAUGCGAUCUGUGAAUACUUUGAGCCUAAACCACGUCUAGAGCAGGCAUGUCUGAUCCCCUGCCCCCGGGACUGUGUGGUGUCUGAGUUCAGCCCGUGGACUGCUUGUUCUAAAACCUGUGGGAUGGGAUUACAGAACAGGAUACGUUUUGUCCUGGCGCCGCCACUGUUUGGCGGGGCAGCUUGCCCAAACCUGACUGAGUUUCAGACAUGCCAGCCAGGGCCUUGUGUGGGAGCUGAGAGCCUCUACAGCCUCAGGGUGGGACCCUGGGGGGUCUGUUCAGUCCCACUGCCGAGGCAGGCCAGACAAGCAGACGAGCCACCUGGAGAAAGUGAGACACAGUCCAAAGAAGGGGACAAAGAAAUCACAGAACGCCGAGGCGAGGGCGACAAAAAGUCUAAAGGAGGAGACAAACAGGGCAGAGAGGACAAGCCGCACAAAGAAGGAGGCAAAAAGUCAAAAGAGGGUAAAAAACUGUCCAAAGACGGAGACAAAACAUCCAGAGCCAACAGAAAACUGGCCAAGGCAAACGGGAAACCAGACAGGCCGUCUCGACAGGCAGACAGGCCCAAACGACAGAAAAAAGCAAAAAACAAAGAGAAAAGGGAGAAAAUGAGAGAGAAAGCCCGGGAGAGGUUGAGGGAGAAAGGUAAGGGGAAGGAUCCUGAGACCAGGGAACUCAUCAAGAAGAAGAGGAACAGGAACCGUCAGAACCGACCGGGAGGAAAGUUCUGGGAACUGCAGGUCGGCUUCCAGACCAGAGAGGUGACCUGUGUGCACAAGAGCGGGGACGUCGAGGCUCUCAGCCUGUGCUCUCAGGAGACGCUGCCUGUGACCUUCCAGGCCUGCGUCAUGACCAAGGACUGCGAUGUGACCGAGUGGUCUGAGUGGUCGGCGUGCUCCAAGGAGUGCUACGACCCCAACGGGCCCAUGGGGGAGCGCACUCGCACCAGAAAAGUGAGCCAGUUCCCCAUCGGGGGAGGAGCAGAUUGUCCUGAGCUGGAGGAGAAGGAGCCCUGCAGCCCGCAGGGAGACGGAGUACAGCCGUGUAUUGUUUACAGCUGGAAGACCACCGAGUGGACCGAGUGCCGGGUGGACGUGCUGCUGAGCCAACAGGACCGUCGCCGCGGAAACCAGACCGGGCUGUGUGGAGGCGGGAUUCAGACCCGAGAGGUGUACUGUGUCCAGACCAGCAGCGACACACCUGCAGCUAACCUGGGCUCGCUCCGGAGCAAAGAAGCAUUACGGCCGAUGGACAGUGAUCUAUGUCUGGGUAUCCCCCCAAACACCACCCAGCUCUGCCACAUCAGCUGUCCUGUGGAGUGUGAGGUGUCUUCGUGGAGCGCCUGGGGGCCCUGCACUUAUGAAAACUGCCAGGACCAGGCAGCCAAAAAAGGCUUCAAACUGAGAAAGAGGAAGAUCGUCAAUGAGCCCACAGGCGGGACGGGGAACUGCCCCCACCUGGUGGAGGCCAUACCGUGUGAGGACCCCAGCUGCUACGACUGGCUGGUGGUCAAACUGGAGGAAUGCAUCCCUGAUAACGAGAAGGAGUGUGGACCAGGGACCCAGAUCCCACAAGUGCAGUGUGUCAACAGUGAUGGUGAAUAUGUGGAGAGGCAGCUCUGCCGCGAUGCCAUCCUGCCCAUGCCGGUCAUCUGUGAGGUGCCUUGCCCAAAGGACUGUGCCCUGAGCCCCUGGACCCCCUGGUCCCUGUGCUCUAACACCUGCUCUGGAAAGAACACCGAGGGCAAACAGACGAGAGCUCGCUCCAUCCUGGCCUACAAUGCAGGAGAAGGUGGAAUCCAGUGCCCAAACGUCAGCGCCCUGCAGGAGGUGAGGAGCUGUAACGACCAUCCCUGCACCGUGUACCACUGGCAGACCGGCGCGUGGGGGCAGUGCAUAGAGGACUCAUCCAUCCCGGCCACCAACGCGUCUGCAGGUCGGACGCGUGGAGAUGAUGCUUCGUGCUCGGUUGGGAUGCAAACUCGCAAGGUCAUCUGUGUCCGGGUCAACGUGGGCCAGGUUCCCCCGAAAAAGUGUCCGGAGAGUCUGCGCCCAGACACCGUCAGGCCCUGCUUACUGCCGUGCAAGAGAGACUGCAUCGUCACCCCGUACAGCGACUGGAGCCCGUGCCCAUCAACAUGCAGAGCAGGUGGUAACAUCAAGAAGAAGCAGUACAGAAAACGUAUCGUCAUUCAGUCACCAGCCAACGGAGGACAAGACUGUCCUGAGGUUCUGACCCAGGAGAGAGAGUGUGAUGCUCCAUCUGUCUGUCAAGGAUACAGAUGGAAAACCCACAAAUGGCGUCGAUGCCAGCUUGUUCCAUGGUCAGUUCGUCAGGACAGCCCUGGAGCUCAGGAGACCUGUGGGCCUGGCUUGCAGAUUCGGGCUGUUUCAUGCCGGAAGCAGGAUGGUGGACAGGCAGACAUUGAAGCUUGUCUAAAGUUUGCCAGCUCCAUGCCGCCUCUCACGCAGCCCUGCCAGCUGCCCUGCCAGGAAGACUGUCAACUCAGCAGCUGGUCCAAAUUCUCUCCCUGCUCAGCUGAUUGUGUGGGCGUCAGGACGCGCAAGAGGAUGCUCAUUGGGAAAAGUAAAAAGCGUGACCAGUGUAAAAACAACCAAGUGUAUCCUCUAAGUGAGACCCAGUACUGCCCAUGUAACAAGUACAACGCCCAGCCUGUGGGCAACUGGUCAGACUGUGUCCUACCUGAGGGUGGCCGAGUUGAGGGUCAACUCGGCAUGAAGGUCCAAGGAGAUAUCAAGGAGUGCGGCCAGGGUUAUCGUUACCAGGCCAUGGUGUGCUACGACCAGGACAACCGCAUCGUGGAGACCUCUCGCUGCAACAGCCAUGGAUACAUUGAGGAGGCUUGCAUCAUCCCGUGCCCUUCUGACUGCAAACUGAGCGAGUGGUCCAACUGGUCACGCUGCAGCAAGUCCUGCGGCAGCGGGGUGAAAGUACGCUCCAAGUGGCUCAGGGAAAAACCUUACAACGGCGGGAGACCGUGUCCCAAACUGGACCACGUCAACCAGGCUCAAGUGUACGAGGUGGUGCCGUGCCUCAGUGACUGUGGGCAGUACGUCUGGGUGGCCGAGCCUUGGAGUGUGUGGAAGGUCAGCAAUGUGGACCUGAAGGAUAACUGCGGUGAGGGUGUUCAGACCAGGAAAGUCAGAUGUAUGCUAAACACGAUAGACGGGCCCUCGGAGCAGGUGGAGGACUACCUGUGUGACCCGGAGGAGAUGCCUCUAGGAGCCAGAAACAGCCGGCUGCCCUGCCCCGAGGACUGUGUGUUAUCAGACUGGGAAGCCUGGAGCCCCUGCCCGCUGCCCUGCAGUGAAAACAGUACCCGGGAGAGGAGUGCUUACCCGCUCCGGCAGCCUGGAGAGGAGAAGGAGUGUCCUCCAACUAAAGAGACGGAGUCCUGCAAGCUCAACAGCAACUGUUUCCACUACUCCUACAACAUCACCGAUUGGAGCACCUGCCAGCUCAGUGAAAGAGCAGUGUGUGGAGUUGGCAUCAAAACCCGGAUGCUGGACUGUGUGCGCAGCGACAGAAAAUCUGUCGACCUCAAGUUCUGCAAAGAGCUGGGCCUGGAGAGAAAGUGGCAGAUGAACGCUUCCUGUGUAGUGGAGUGUCCUGUCAACUGCCAGCUGUCCGAUUGGUCAUCGUGGUCUGAGUGCACUCACACCUGUGGACUGGCAGGCAAGCUGUGGAGGAGGCGGACAGUGAUGCAGGCUCCCCAGGGCGACGGCAGGCCGUGUCCGUCCCAGAUGGAGCAGUGGAAGCCGUGCCUGGUGAAGCCCUGCUUCAGCUGGAGAUACAGCGCCUGGUCAGAGUGCAAGUCUGAGGGGGCGAGGUGCGGCGAUGGCCUGCGCUUCAGGAACGUGUCCUGCUUUGUGUCGGACGGUUCAGGUCAGCAGGACAGCAGCCUGGUGGACGACGAGCUGUGCGGGGAUCUGGUGCCUUCAGUGGAUGGAGAUCCACAGAUCAUCCUGCAGGAGUCCUGUACCGUCCCCUGUCCGGGAGAGUGCUACCUCACAGAGUGGAACGCUUGGAGUCCCUGCCAGCUGAGCUGCGUGAGCGGAGACGACCUGGGUUUUGGCUCAGUCCAAGUCCGAUCCCGAGCGGUCGUGGCCCAGGACCCGGAGAACCUGCUGCAGUGUCCAGAACAGGAGCUGGAGGCUCGGCCGUGCACAGACGGUCAGUGUUUUGAGUACAAGUGGAGGACUGGACCAUGGAGGGGCUCCUCUCGACUGGUCUGGUGUCAGCGAUCAGAUGGACUCAAUAUCACAGGUGGAUGCCCUGCAACAGCCAAGCCGAUGUCUGACCGAUCCUGUGACCCGCCCUGCACCAAGCCGCGCUCCCUGUGCACUGAGGCGGGGGUGUGCGGCUGUGAGGAGGGCUACACUGAAGUCAUGACGUCUGACGGCCUCCUGGACCAGUGUACGGUCAUCCCUGUGCUGGAGAUUCCCACCGCAGGGGACAACAAGGCCGACGUCAAGACCAUCCGAGCCUACAACCCCUCCCAGACUGAGGCCAGUUCCCCGGGCCGGGCGGGACGCACCUGGUUCCUGCAGCCCUUCGGCCCAGACGGGAAGCUGAAGACCUGGGUGUACGGCGUGGCAGCAGGAGCGUUUGUUCUGCUCGUCUUUAUAAUCUCCAUGACGUACUUAGCAUGCAAAAAGCCAAAGAGGCCGCAGCGCCGGCAAAUGAACAACAGACUGAAGCCGCUGACUCUGGCUUACGACGGAGACGCAGACAUGUAGACGUCUUCCUGCUUACCACGCUGACCUACAGACAUUCGUCCCCCCUGCAGGGACACACUGGGUUUCCGUGGAAACCAACCCUGAUGCCAGGGCUGCCGCUGGGCAUCGUUCAAACCUCCAGGUUGACGAGCUAACGACGAGGAUUCUGCCAGGAAGAGAAACCUCAAAGAUCAACACACUGAGUCCAUGUCCAUUAGCAGCCUUGAUGUCCCCGUCCUCGUUUUUUUUUUUUUUUUAAUAUAUAUUUUGAUACUUUUAUUUCACGAGAGCCUUCAUGAAUUCUUUAUCUUCUUCUGGAAGUCUGCCUUCGCUUCUCUGCCAUCUUAUACUGCCGCUAACAUCCAAACCAUGGGUCGUGGAGAGGGUCACCUGAAACAGAUUUUGCUCGACAAGCACAAAUCUUCAUCGAUGUUUUUGGUUGUGUUCAUCAUUACUGAAUGGGAUCAUCUCUGUAGGAAGUGUGUCAUAUUUUGUCCCAUGAAGAACAGUUAAAUUCCUUCAGUGAUGUCGUGGGUCUGGCUUCAUCCUGCGUACCAGAGAAGAAGAGCGUGAUGAAGCUCGGAGCCACCCUCACUGCUGCCUGCCUCUCCCUCCUCCGUUUUCUUUUUUCAGGCAUAAUUUUGCACUAUAUUAGUGCAGCAUGAUAUGUACUUAUGUCUAGCUUUGCCAUAGGAAACUGCCUCUCUGAAUACAAGAUGGUGUACAGUCUUGUGCUAGAAAUGUAAAAAAAAGUAGAUUUUUUUUGCAAAGGAACUCACCGAUGUUUCAUAUUUUUCCUCUUAUUACCUCGUCAGUGUGAAACGAUGGGACGCGAUGUAUAUAGGACUUUUUGUGUCUUCUUAACUUUACCUUUCUAGUAUGUACAGCUACAAGUCCCGAAACUCUGCCUGAACUGAUUUCUUCUAUACUCUGUUUGUUUUUCUUUGACUGUGGCUUAAGAUCACGAUCGUUUUCUUUUGUAAAUUAUUCACAUGUAUUACUACCACACAAAACCCAUCCAUCAUGAAACUCUUCAGCUGUGAUGCGGGAAGAUGGAAGUUCAAUUCUUGGCUUUAAUUAUUCUUAGAAAAUACUUCUACAUCUCUUGAUUUAAUGAAUAUCUCAUCAUGAUUUAAACUAAUGUAUUGAUACCUCAAACCAGCAGGAAAAAAAAGAUUUAAAGCUACAUGUCCUGCAUUGGCUCCACCUUUAUAUCCUGCUGCUGGCCGCGUCCAGCUUCACUCUUGAUCAGCCUCAGGACAGUUUUAGUUUCCUGCACGUCUCUGUGGUCCAGACAGGAUGAUAUGAUGUCUAGACCCGUUCUUACUCCCAACCAGUCAAAUAUGGCAGCUUGAUCGACAGCCUCUAUUAGUGUUGUAGUACUCAAAAAUCAUUCUUGGUCUCAAGAAUUCAGUGUUCAUAAACAUUUCUGCUUUCUCUCAGAGAGAUUUUCUCUGCGUCAACCUAGCGUGUUUUUCUGAGCGCCGGCGUCUUUUUUCAAUUGUUUUCAACGAUUAGAGAGCGUUCACAGCAGAAAGCGAACGCCUAGAGAAAAAGCUGGAUAUUCCCCGUAGAUUUGCCAUCUACAGAUCGUGUCCACAUCCUUUUUGAUUCGUGUCUUGUCGGGAGAGAAACGAUCUCAAAUGUAAAAUAUGCAGUAAAAAAAGUAACGGAGCCGUGUCGGUCAAACAGCGGCCAUAGAGACGGGACCGACGUGCAGCGCUUUUCUUCUCAGCGCACAUCCUCUUCAUGCAAACACUCCUGAGCGCACAGCUGGCGCUUUACUGCCCGGAAUAAACGCUAGGUAGACACGGGGCCUAAUGAAACUCUGAAGCCUCUUCAAACUGUUUUCACCUCAGGAGCUCUCUUAAGGGCUGAGAUACUUUGUGAAUAACGCUCAUCUUGACCAGGAUCUAGUCGUUAAUUUGAGGGGCAAUUAUAAGAAAUUUCUCUCAGAAGGAGAAACUCGUUGAACUUAGGAAGCUUUAUGAACAACCCCUGAUCUUUAUCCCUUUAGUAAGAAAUGUUAAGCGAGUCAUUUUCAGGGUCUUUUUCUUUCUAUCCAUCGACUCUGCAGUGAGGAAUUAAAAAGUUAUUAAUCAAGUAUCCAAACGAUGAUCUUCCCGUUUCACAGCUAAGAAUCUGAAGAUAAAAAAAGCCUGCAGGUUUUGCACCUGUGUUUCAGGAUUUCAUCACCCAUGACGACAGUGUUCAAUGACAUUAAUCUAAGUGAACUUUGAGCCCAUGUAUCCGGAGAGAGCUGACCUCUGACCUUUGAAGGGGUUCGAGGUCUCUCUGUCUUAAAGAGCUUUCAGCCAUGUCUCUCACUCGGAGCGACUGGGAGCGUCCCAGGACAGAGUAGAGUUAUUUUCCUACUGAUAACUGAUCAGGUGGAUCAGGGGAAUCAUUGUAUGGGAGCUGUUUGUGAACCCUACAGUGCUGCCUGGUGUAUAAGCUAACAGUCCCCUCCCCCGCAGUGAACGGAGUAGUCUUCAUCAGUACGACGCGUCAUAUCAUUCCCAGAGAACGGCAGUCUAAUAUUCUGUGGAGUUUGUUGCUCGUAAGUUAACGGAAUGUUUUAUUUUAUAUUUCUCUGAAUAUGAGUUGUAAAUAAAGUGCUAAAUAUUUCUGUUUUUUUUAUUAUUUAUUUAUCGUUCAUGUACCAUAACGUGUUUCCUUUUUUUACCGCACAACACGUUGUGCAAAAAGCAUCAAAAAAGAAUCAAAAAGAAGUGGAGGUGUGAAUGUGAGUGUGCUCAAAGCGAUGUUGAUAACAAAGUGAAAAACUGAUGAAAAAGUCGCUGAUGAACUCUGUCCUUUUCCUACUGGUUGUUUAUAUGUAUUUGACUAAUUGCUGAUAAUAAACAAGGGAAAUAUUUGAAA